CUCAGUCAGCAUCUCUCUAUUAGUGGGGCUGUCUACUCACCUGACUCGAUUCCACCUCCAUUCCAUUCUCCCGACGUGCUGGCCACUCGUGGUCAUACGAACCUAAUGCUCUCCGGGGAUGAGCAGAUGACUCACAGCAUCACUGGCUCUUGCCUGGACUCUUCGAGGAGUCGACAUCUGGAACAGUCAAAUGGGGUGCAGUGGACUAGUUCAGCCACCGUCUAUUCAGGACUCGAAUCCAGACCGGCAUUUGACUCCGGUAAGCUAUGCUGA